AAUGUAGGGUAAAGCCGCCCUUUUCCUGCAGCAGCAGCAGCGGCAGCGUAGAGGGACACGGGCACGUCAGACACCUUGCAGACACCGAUUCUUUAUUUUAUCCGACCCUAACCAUGGAUACAGACAACGAAGAAACUAAAAUGAAAGACUCCAAAAGACGAGAACGUCAAGCAGGUUCAAGCUGGCAUGGUAUACAUGACAUUGAAGCAUUGGAGAAUCCAGACACUGACAUUGGCUUGUGUGGUUGGCUGUUGGUCGCGUUUUCCAUUCUUCUCAUGCUGGCUACUCUACCCGUCUCCAUAUGGAUGUGCAUUAAGAUUGUGAAGGAGUACGAGCGAGCCAUAAUCUUAUCGCCUGGGCGCAUUCCUCUUGCGAGGGGUACCAAAGGACCAGGGCUGUUCUUCAUCUUGCCGUGCACUGACAGCUUUAUUAAUGUGGACAUGCGCACCAUCACCUUCGACAUCCCACCGCAAGAGGUAUUGACCAAAGACUCUGUGACAGUGAGUGUUGACGGUGUGGUGUACUACCGGGUCCAGAAUGCGACACUGGCUGUGGCUAACAUCACUAAUGCAGAUGCUGCUACCCGGCUGCUGGCCCAGACCACCCUGAGGAACGUCCUGGGUACCAAGAACCUGGCAGAGAUCCUGUCCGACCGGGAAGAAAUUGCACACAGCAUGCAGUCCACUCUGGACGAUGCUACAGAUGACUGGGGGAUCAAGGUGGAGCGGGUGGAGAUCAAAGACGUCAAGCUGCCCCAUCAGCUCCAGAGAGCCAUGGCCGCUGAGGCCGAGGCCACCCGCGAGGCCAGAGCCAAGGUGAUCGCAGCGGAGGGAGAGAUGAACGCGUCGCGGGCCCUGAAGGAGGCGUCGCUGGUGAUUGCAGAGUCUCCGUCAGCCCUGCAGCUGCGUUACCUCCAGACCCUCAACACCAUCGCCGCCGAGAAGAACUCCACCAUCAUUUUCCCGCUGCCGCUGGAGAUGAUGCAGGGUUUCAUAAAACGCUGAAAAUCGCUCGAACGUACACACUCACACAACAUACAUCACUCACUCACACACACACUACUGAUUUAGGCCCGGCGUCUGUUAAGCAGCUGUGUUUUAAAAUUAUGUUUUGGAAGUUGUGCUUGUGGCUCCCGAUACACCAAGCUGUCCUUUAGAGAAAAAAAAAUAAAAAAUAAAAACAGUUUAAAAGCUCUUUAUGGCCUUGCCAUUGUUGCUUAUGAACACACCUCAAAGACUGAUAGCCAGCCCGCACGAACGUAUGUUCUGCGUCUGUGUGAGAGGGAAGAACUGCAGUCAUGAUCUAAAAAAGAAAACUGCAACACAAACUAACAGACCUCUUCUAGCAAGUGGGCCUUGGGUUACUUUAUUCCAAACGGCCAUACUCUUUGUUUUUUAGAUUCAUUAGAGGGCUUAAACUUAUAUGCAGAAAAUAUGAAAUGUAGCUUGCAUCACAUGGUGCCGUUGCUCAGAUCAGUUUGUCUCUGCGCACUGAUCUGUCAGCUCUCUAUCAUUCAGCAGUGUGCUCGGUCAGCUGAGCGGCUGCAGAGCCAACGGUGCCAGACACAGCGCAAAAUCUACAGCAGUCAGCUAAGUGCGUCUGCCAAGAGCUGCCACUGGCUGAAUGAAUUUGGUAUUGUGUAUGAGAUUUAACUAAAAAUAGCCACAGUGCAGCAGGUGGUUUUUAUCCUGUCUUUUUUAUGCUGCAAAUGUAGAAAUCAAGGCAAGACUGUCAAAGUAAAAGCAUUGUCUCAUCAUCCAUUUUAGACAUUUUAAAAAGAAAGUGCCUGCUGGAUAUGUGGCCUUACACACACACACACACACACACACACACACGUACAUACAUGAUACAGAUAUCUAAUAUCUCCUGAUAUUGUGGUACUACUGCGACCACUGCCAGCAUCGUAGUGCUCUGAUUAUUUUAUAUGUAUUGUCAUGAUAGCCAUAUGAAAUGUGUAAUAGCUUUAUUGCUAAUCCCCAAAUCCAAACUAAAUGCUUUUUUUAGAUGUUCGCUGUCCCAUUGCAUGUUCUCGUGUACCCCAUUCCAGCUUCAUCAUCAAACAGGCAUUUUAAGGUUCAAACAUGUACCAGGACACAGUAUUCACACUACUGUACUGAACCCGCUCCACUGUCACUCUUACUUUCAUUGAGAGAUAAACAAAAGAAAUAGAAAUAUAUUUAAUACAUAAACAGACUUAACUGUUUCAAUUGUCAGAGGCACCAGAUGGAUCCAAAGCAGUGACGUAAUCAGUAUCACAAUACGAAACCAGCGCGAGUGUUAGGCACUCAUCUUUAAAAAGCCCCUUCAGAAAGUAGGGAUUGUUCGGAGUGACAAACAGAUAAUAAUACACAAACACACACACACACACACUUCUCUCUCUGUUAAAUACACAAACACCUUGUCUCUGGUUGUCAGUGCUUCUGUCUCAGAUUACAAGCUUAAACUUUGCUGGGAUGUUGACAGUCAGGCUGACAUGCUGGAUGUUACUCGUAUUUGUUUACAGUAUAUUUUCUAUUUAUACGCUGUCUAUGUUAUUCACAAGGGUGGAAGAAUAUUGAGGAACACCAGAGAUUACUGUAGAGUUGACUCCCUCUGACACAAGCAGUCAGAGCAUUAUCAACUACACAGAUGGUACUGUUACAUUACAUUACAUUACAGGGCUGUCAGGUGUUCCUAUUAUUUUGUCCAUCCCCCUGUCUGGCUUGACUGCUCAGGAGAAGUGGGGACUGUUGGGAAGAAACGUAUAGCAAAUCUUUCAGCCAAAAGCCUUAACUUAGUGCCAUCAAUUCCCUUUACAGAUUUCCACAUUUCUAUGCACUUCCACAUGAAAAUAACUUUUAUUUUAUUUUUUUUAUCACAAUACAUACGCUCUUUCUUGGUGUAAACAAGCCAAAUAGUUGUGUCUGCUCAUCUUAAAACUUUAAGAUGUAGUUAUAUUCAGAGUGUUGGUAAAUGUAUGUUACAGUAUUUAGAGUGUCUGUGAGUUAGUAGUUUUACUAUAUAUGCAUAUAUACAUAUAUACAUAUACAUACUCAAUCGCACUACUGUGAAGUUAGCUAGUCAGUAGCUAGAUGUGGGGUUUAUGUUUGUCACAACUGAAGGUUUAAAGUGGCACUAUUUUUUCUUUUUAGUUAUGGAAUACAAAGGCUGGUGUAUUAUUUUACUGCAGAACUCCUGUGUAUUUCAGUUAUUGCUGUUGACCCAUAUUGAGUUUGAACUGUUACAGUAAGUCUGUUACAGAAAGAAAGAAGGGGGGGGGUCACGCGACCGCAUUGCAUUGCAGUUCGCUGAGCAGCUUCUCGGUAAUGUUUCACCAGUAGUUUGUGGUUGUUGUGUAUUGUCCACUUUCUCAGGCAGCACUCAGAUAAUAAUUUUCUUGAGCUCACUUCUCAUCAUUUGGCUUUCACAUAAGAAAGAAAAACUCUGCUCAUUAAUUACUUCAGCUUAUAUCUAGUUGUAAAAUGUUACAUCAAUAUUGAGAAGUUCUAUUCAACAUGUAUUGUUAUGUUUAGUUUUUGUACAGUUUGCUAAUAUUUGAUAUGGUUUUAUCCUGACGUAGUACAUGUAGAGUUAAGAUAGACUUUAAAUAAAGAUUCUAUCAAAAAGCA